AUGGUGAUGGAGGGGCGCACAGGCUCACUCUACGGCCGCCUCAACAGGAGCAGCACGCGGGGGUUCCUCGCCUACGUCGCUGCCGGGGCCGCCUGCGCGGCCGUCCUCGCCUGCUUCGUCCUCUCCGCCGCGGACCCGCCGCCGGCAUCUGCGGCGCGCAACGAUGGCGCGCGCCUCCGCCUGUCCUCGCGCUCGCCGCGCGUCUGGCCCGACCUCGCGUUCAACUGGCGGGUAGUGGUCGCCACCGUUGUCGGGUUCCUCGGUUCCGCGUUUGGCACCGUCGGCGGUGUCGGCGGAGGCGGGAUCUUCGUGCCCAUGCUCAACCUCGUCGUCGGUUUCGACACCAAAUCCGCCGCCGCGCUCUCCAAAUGCAUGAUCAUGGGGGCCUCGGCGUCGUCGGUUUGGUACAACCUCCAGGUGUCACACCCGACCAAGGAGGCGCCCGUCAUCGACUACAAGCUCGCGCUGCUCUUCCAGCCCAUGCUUAUGCUCGGCAUAACCAUCGGCGUAGAGCUCAGCGUCAUCUUCCCGUACUGGCUAAUCACUGUCCUCAUCAUAAUCCUCUUCGUAGGCACUUCGUCGAGAUCGUUCUACAAGGGAAUUCUGAUGUGGAGGGAGGAGACCAGGAUUCUGAUGGAGACACGCGAGCGAGAAGAGCAAUCCAAGUCUACCUGCGCUGCAGGUGAUGUGGUAAUUGAUCCGAGUUAUGAGGAGCCCCUCCUGACUCAGCCUCAGCCCAAGAAGAAGUCUGCAUUGGAGACUUUCCUGUUCAAUUUGAGGUGGAAGAAUAUCCUUGUUUUAAUGUCUGUCUGGUCAUCCUUCUUGGUGCUGCAAGUUCUCAAGAAUAAUGCGAAAUCAUGCAGCACUUUCUACUGGGUGUUCAACGUUCUACAGGUUCCAGUUGCGUUGAGUGUAUUCUUGUGGGAGGCCGUGCAGCUAUGUAGGGAGAGUCAUGCACGGCGUAUGAAUGGGAACCUGGAAUGUGUGUGUGAGGCCUCUAUUGAGUGGUCACCAGCACAACUGAUCUUCUGUGCCUUUUGUGGCCUUCUCGGUGGGACUGUUGGUGGCCUUCUUGGAUCUGGUGGUGGGUUCAUCCUCGGCCCACUUCUUCUUGAGCUUGGGUGCAUACCACAGGUCGCAAGUGCAACAGCAACAUUCGUGAUGAUGUUCUCCUCCUCCCUCUCUGUGGUGGAGUUUUACUUCCUGCACAGAUUCCCCCUCCCUUUUGCUGGCUACCUCAUUUUCAUUUCCAUAUUGGCUGGAUUCUGGGGCCAGUGUUUGGUUAGGAAGAUCGUGCAUGUGCUCAAGAGAGCAUCAGUUAUUGUCUUCAUCCUCUCCUCUGUUAUCUUCACCAGUGCUCUUACGAUGGGUGUCGUUGGCACCCAGAAGAGCAUUUCAAUGAUUAACAACCACGAAUACAUGGGGUUCCUCGACUUCUGCGAGUAA